UGCUGAGGCAGUGAAGAGAGUAGAGGAUAGUCCAAGGGUGAGUGAGUCGACUGGGAGGCCCCCCAGUGAGUAGCCUUGAAGAGAGAGAGUCAGAGAGGAUGCGUUUUAGUAAGGUUAGAUUUCCUGCGUUUGUAGCAAUGGUGAUCAAUUGCACUGCACUGAUGCAGCAGAAAUCACAGAAGAUAGAUGUGGUAGUGGUAGCUGCAGCAGCAGGUAAAUAUUUGGGUGUCAGGUAAAUAUUUAGGUAUGACCUUUAACUAAAAUGUGCAAUCCGCACUCCGACCUGCGAAAGGCAGCAGUACGCAACACAGCGUCUCGUCUGCCGGAAAGCCACAUGAAGAAGUACUCCGCUCAUUGCUGCUGAGAAGAGCUGCCUGUCAGCUAGCUACGUUAGGUAGUUAACUAGCAUUUUCAUUGAUUGGCACAGUUUAUUCUAGCCAGCUAAUUCAUUUGGGAAGGAAAAAAUGGAAUGGAGUAUCAAUGAAAACAAUGUGGCUCGCUCGUGUUGAAUAAAGUUAGAACAUUGAACAAUAUUUUCCUUCCCAGGCCAGCUAGCUAGCUCGUCAGCUAGCUACAGUGCAGUGGAUCCCAAAAGCCACGGCGCUGGCCAUGCCGUCAAGUGUGCGGACCGGGAGCCUGAAGGACCCGGAGGUGGCUGAGCUCUUUUACAGAGAUGACCCUGAGAAGCUGUUCACCGACCUACGGGAGAUCGGCCAUGGCAGCUUCGGAGCCGUCUAUUUCGCACAUGACAUCCGCACCAAUGAAGUGGUGGCCAUUAAAAAGAUGUCCUACGGUGGCAAGCAGUCCAACGAGAAAUGGCAGGAUAUCAUCAAAGAAGUGAAGUUUCUCCAGAAACUGCGCCACCCCAACACGGUGGAGUACCGAGGCUGCUACCUGAGAGAGCACACAGCAUGGCUAGUGAUGGAGUAUUGUUUGGGUUCGGCCUCCGACCUACUGGAAGUCCACAAGAAGCCCCUCGAGGAACAGGAGAUAGCAGCCAUCACCCACGGUGCAUUGCAGGGCCUGGUGUACCUACAUUCUCACAACAUGAUUCACAGGGAUGUGAAGGCUGGUAACAUCUUGCUGACGGAGCCUGGCCAGGUGAAACUGGGCGAUUUUGGCUCCGCCUCCAUCAUCGCCCCGGCCAACUCGUUCGUGGGAACACCCUACUGGAUGGCUCCUGAGGUGAUCCUGGCCAUGGACGAGGGACAGUACGACGGCAAGGUGGAUGUGUGGUCACUGGGCAUUACUGCCAUAGAGCUGGCGGAGAGGAAGCCGCCUCUGUUCAACAUGAAUGCUAUGAGUGCCUUAUACCACAUUGCCCAGAACGAGAGUCCCGUUCUGCAGUCCAAUCACUGGUCGGAUUAUUUCCAUAACUUUGUGGACUCAUGUCUGCAGAAGAUCCACCAGGAUAGACCUACCUCUGACGUGCUGCUGAAGCACCAUUUCCUAUGCAGAGAGCGUCCCCACACAGCGGUGAUGGACUUGAUUGCGCGCACCAAGGAUGCAGUGCGGGAGCUUGACAACCUGCAGUACCGAAAAAUGAAGAAGAUCCUCUUCCACGAGGCCCUCAACGGCCCACAGCCCGAGGGAGGGGAGGAGGAGGACACGGAGCAGUACAUGCUGCAGACGGGCACGGUCAACAGCAUGGAGAGCUCCCAUUCGCUGCCUUCCAUGUCCAUGAGUGCCAGCUCCCAGAGCAGCUCGGUCAAUAGCCUGGCGGACGGCUCGGACGACAGCGGCGAGAUGGCCAUGAUGCAGGAGGGCGAGCACACGGUCACCUCCAAUUGCUCUGUCCUGCACACACCACUGAGCCAUGACAACAUCUACGACGACCCCUACCAGCCCGAGCGGGACACCCAGCAGCAGCCCCCGUCGUCGCGGGGUGAGGGAAGAGGAGGGAGACGGAGAGGACACCGCAGCCGAGACCACUUCGCCACCAUCCGGACGGCGUCGCUGGUGACCCGGCAGAUACAGGAGCACGAGCAGGGGUCGGCGCUGAGAGAGCAGAUGACGGGGUACAAGCGCAUGCGGCGGCAGCACCAGAAACAGCUGAUGGGCUUGGAGAACAAGCUGAAGGCGGAGAUGGACGAUCAUCAGCUGAGGCUGGACAAGGAGCUGGAGAACCAGAGGAACAGCUUUGGAGGGGAGGGGGACAAACUGAGUAAGAAGCACCAGGCCAUCCUGGAUAAGGAGUCCAAGGCAGCCCUGGCUGAGGAAAAGAAGUUCCAGCAGCACAUCCUGGCCCAGCAGAAGAAGGAGUUGACCAGCCUGCUGGAGUCCCAGAAACGCCAGUACCGCUCCCGCAAGGAGCAGCUCAAAGAGGAACUGAACGAGAACCAGUCGACCCCCAAGCGGGAGAAGCAGGAGUGGCUGGUGCACCAGAAGGAGUGUCUCCAGCAGCUGCAGGCGGAGGAGGAGGCGGGGCUCCUGCGCCGCCAGAGGCAGUACUACGAGUUCCAGUGUCGCCAGUACAAGAGGAAGGUCCUGCUGGCGCGCCACAACCUGGAGCAGGACCUACUCAGAGAGGACCUGAACAAGAAGCAGACGCUGAAGGACCUGGAGUGUGCCAUGCUGCUGCGCCACCACGAGUCCACCCAGGAGAUGGAGUUCCGGCAGCUGGGCUCAGUGCAGCGCACACGGGCUGACCUGAUCCGCACGCAGCACCAGUCGGAGCUCACCAACCAGAUCGAGUACAACAAGCGACGCGAGCAGGAGCUGCGGCAGAAGCACACUGUGGAGGUCCGCCAGCAGCCCAAGAGCCUCAAAUCCAAAGAACUCCAGGUCAAGCGUCAGUUCCAGGACACGUGCAAGAUCCAGACGCGACAGUACAAGGCCCUGCGCAACCACCUGCUGGAGAACACGCCCAAGUCGGACCACAAGGCAGUGCUCAAGCGCCUGAAGGAUGAGCAGACGCGUAAGCUGGCCAUCCUGGCCGAGCAGUACGACCACUCCAUCAAUGACAUGCUGUCCACACAGGCUCUCCGAUUGGAUGAGACACAGGAGGCAGAGUACCAGGUGCUGCGGAUGCAGCUGCAGCAGGAGUUGGAGCUGCUAAACGCCUACCAGAGCAAGAUCAAGAUCCACACCGACUCGCAGCAUGAGCAGGAGGCCAAGGACCUGGAGCAGAGGGUGUCCAUCCGCCGGGCACUGCUGGAGCAGAGAAUUGAGGAGGAGAUGCUGUUGCUGCAGAACGAGCGUUCAGAGCGCAUCCGCACCCUCCUGGAGCGGCAGGCCUGUGAGAUCGAGUCCUUCGACUCGGAGAGCCUCCGUCUGGGCUUCAGCAACAUGGCCCUCACGGGCAUCCCCAGCGAGGCCUACCCCAAGCAGGGCUACCCCAAUGCCCCACCAGGGUCCCGCUCUGGCGGGGGCCACUGGAGCGACGGCAUGCACCCCCAGAUCGCCCAGUCCCAGCCGCACUCGCGCCGCAGCCACAACAGUAGUAGCAGUGGAGGGGGGAGCAGAGGAGAUUCUUCUUCUCACGGCAUUACUCUGGGGUUGGGUCUGGAGAGGGAUGGGAGGGAGGUGCAUCAUUUGUCUCACUCGUCAGCUUCCUCUUCCUCCUCCUCGUCUUCCUCCCAACAACACCACCACCGCCAUCACCUGCCGCAGCACUACCACCACCAGAGCACGCCCCAGCUCUACCGGGAGAGGGAUAGAGAGAAGGAGCGGGAGAAGGAGAGGGACAGGGAGUGGGCCGGGGCCCGGGGCGGCGGCGACCUGGCCCACCCGCAGCACCCCCACAUCUUCUCCCACCACCUGCCCUCGCGCUCCUCCUCUCAGUCCCUGGCCCUGCUGCCGCCGCCUCCACACACUCCCCCCUUCAUCUCGGGGCCCUCCUCCUCGUCCUCCUCGCAGGGAGGGGUGUACGGCGGGGGCGGGGGGCUGGCCGUCAGGGGCGGUCCCAGUCUCAUGGCCCUGAGGAACAGCCCCCAGCCGCUGAGGAGGACGGCCUCCGGAGGGGGACCCGGCGGGGCGGGUGGAGGCGACGGGGUGCUGAACCGCAGCACCUCGGUCACCUCGCACAUCUCCAACGGCUCUCACCUCUCCUACUCCUAGAGAGAGGGGAGGGGGGAGGCGGUGGAGGGUGGUCACCUGAGAGAGAGAGGGCGGGAGGGGUUUUUCACUGUGACUUGAGAGGGGAGGAAAGACGGGAAUGAAGGAAUAUAGCUACCUGUUUUACCAUUGAAGUGGGUGAGGGAAAGUGAUGCAGAGUGGGUGGUGGCUGUUUACUAUUUUCUCAGGUGAGGCAGGGGGAUGGAAGGGGGUGGGAGUUGAGAGUUGCCCUUCAGGCAGAGAAACGUGGAGGUAGCAUGUCUUCUUUUUCUAUGAUGUUCUAUGUUGGAAUGGAGGAAGAGAGAGAAUUGGGAGAAAAGUGGACAGAGAAGAGACGAAGACAACAGACCUGUAUGUGUGUGUAUGUAGUGUGUGGUGUCCUGAUAAUCUGGCAAGCACUUGUGUUGUAAGGCUUCAGAAAGGGAAGACAUAGAGAACAAUACAAAUUCUGCUUUUAGUCUACGUUCAGAAAGGUUGCUAUUGUUCGAAACACAUUUUAUUGUUAUUUGCUGACAUUGUUUUUUUGUUUAUUGUGUAGAAGUGUUAAAAAACAACAAGUGGCUCAGAAUGUCACCAAUGCCUUUGAGAAGUCUUAAAGGGAGGCUUCGAUGACUGCGAGAGAAUUGCGGCUGAUGUAAACUAAUAUGAAUACACAGAAUGUUUAUAAAGGCAACAAACA